AUGGGCAUUGUCCGCCUCCACAUCACACCGCUAACCCCGGAGACCAUAUGCUCUCUCCUUCCACCGAAAGUCCUCUCCGAUAAAGCGGUUAUCGCGUCCAUGUCUUUUCACAAAGUCCCCUCUUUCCCAGAGAAGAGUUAUGGAUAUUUCGCUUGUGACCGGGAUGUUGCGGACGGAAUUAAGAAGAAGUUGAAUGGGAGUUUGUUUCGGGGGGUUAAAGUUAGGGUUGAGGACGCCCGGCCUGAUGCUUUCGUCCCUGGGGGUGUUCCUGAUGGCGGUGUUGAGGAGAAGGAGAAGAGGAAGCGUGCUAAGAAGGAUGACGAUGGCGAUGGGAACAAGAAGGCUAAGAAAAGCAAGAAGGAGAAGGGUGUAGUCGACGGUAUUGAGCUGAGGGGUAGGAAGGUUCAGAGAGGGUGGAGUAGGCCCCCUACUAUCGCUACGCCCGUGAAAGGUGAUGGGAGGCGGGAUUGUCUUUUCAGAUCUUCUGCCGCUACCUCCGCCUUUACCCUCUCUGGCUCUACUACUGCUUCCACUGGGAAGUCCAAGAAGAAAAAGACAGACGGCACCAUCAAAGAAUUCACACACAACACCAAAUUCCCGCAAUUUCUUAAGGGGGCCUCACUUGGCAAGGGCGUGUUAGCGACUACUGCAACCUUUGACGAAUCUCUCGGCUGGCUCGACUCCUCGGGCACUGUCAUCGAACCAACCCCUUCAGUCAUCAAAUACACCCCACUACCCCCGCCCACCGGCACAACCAUCAUAUCCCUCCCCCCAUCAACAACAGCCUACCGCCCCUCCUCCCCUUCGUCUUCCACAUCCGCCUCUUCCACCCCCUCAACAACGGAUUCAGAAUCGGACACCUCCCCCAUAACCCCCAAAACACCUCCUUCAGCCUCCUCCAACACCACCACCAAGCGCUCCAAAGUGCCCACCCCAGCCCUGCAGAUCACAAUCCCGCGCAUAGCCCACCCCUUGGAAGCCCUCUACAAACCAACGAUCGCAACGCCCCACUCCUCUGCCAUCUCACCGACAAACACUUCCUUUCGCUUCGGCUUUAGUCUCGGCGGUAGCGGUGACGUGAACGAGGAUGAAGACGAGGACAUGCUCAGCGGCGACGAGCAACCUCCCGCUCCCAUGGUGUCCACGCCGCCUAAUCGGUACCGCUCCGCGGCACCAACGCCCGAUACUGCGAUCGGGCAUAGGAAGUUCUUUCCUCCGGAUGAAGAUGAGGUUCCAGAUAUUUCCGGCGGCGGAGGAAGGCUGUUCGUCCCGUCGACGCCGAGGGUUAUCGGGUCCAUUUCCAUGGGGAGCGGAGAGACGGGGAGGAGAGGGUCAAUGAAUGUGGAGGCUCCAUUGUUGGGCGCUCAUGAGGAUAGUAAGUUUUUGGGGGCGUUGAGCAUUUGGGGAAAGAUUCCAAAUUCCAAGACUCUUGAUGGUGUGGCUGAAGGGGGAGAGGAGGGGGGGAAUGCGGAACUUGUGGAGAGAUGGAGAGAGACGUUCUACAAAAACCGAGGGGAAUGGAAUAGGGAUUGGAAGAGAAGGAGGCGAGAGGCGAGGAAGAGGGGUGUUGGAAAGAAGGUUUCCGGUUAGUUGAAGCGCUGCAUUUUCUCUUGUUUGGGAUCCCUGUAUUUAUCAUUGCUCACGGCUUCAUGUGUAUAAUCCAAAAGCUGGUUUCAUGUCACAUUACUUUUGCUAUUGUAUCCCAAUGUCCUUUC